AUGCAUGCCGAGCCACUCGGUCUCCCUCUCGCUGAAGCACUCGAGAACAAGGUCAUCUCACCCAACAUGGACCUGCCUCAACUUGUCGAAAAGUUUGCCGAGUUUGGAUGGAGUGAAAAAGAAGUGGGUAAUAUCUGGGCUUUUGGUCCGGAUGCCACCAAUAAUAACAUACUUGUCAACGCUACCACCAGUGUCCAAUACGUCAAUGAAUUGAAAGACUAUAUUGUCUCGUCGUUCCAAAUGGCAUACGACGUCACCACUAUGGCCGACGCCAUUCAUCGUGGAGCAGGCCAGAUCAUCCAUACCUCUUUACGUUGCAUGUAUGCUUCCGAGUUGUCUGCUCAACCUCGUCUUGUCGAACCCUGCUAUUUGGCCGAUAUCACAUGUCCCGAACAAUCAUUGGGUGGUGUCCAAUCGGCCCUUUCAAGACGUCGUGGUACCAUCAUUGAAGAAAAAACGACCAUUUCUGGUUUCUUCAAUUUCAAGGCCUACCUUCCAGUCAAGGAAUCCUUUGGUUUCAGCUUGUUCCUCUCCGAUGCAACUCGUGGUCUUGCUUCCAUUCAAUUGAGCUUUGACCAUUGGGAAUCGAUCGACAGUGACCCUCUCGACCUUUCCAGCUCGAGUGGUGAGAUUGUCAGAUCUAUUCGUAUUUAUAAACGUCUCAAGGGAGGUAUCCCCACUGCAGCUGAAUACCAAGACAAGCUCUAA